AUGGGUUGUUGUUUUAAUCUAGUACUAGUAUCGAUCUUCUUCAUUAUACAAUACACAACUGCACAAUCAAUAUAUCGGUUUCACCUUUGUUUAGGAGCUAAUUACAGUAGUUCUACUGGCACUGGUAAUACAUUUCAAACUAAUCUCAGUCUUCUAAUUACUUCACUAUCAUCCUCUGCCAGCAACAAUUCAAUUAUCAUAAGAAAUGGAUAUUAUAAUAGCACUUAUGGUCAAACUCCGGAUACUGUUUACGGUUCAUUUCAGUGUAGAGGUGAUGUUUCAUUAGAUGAUUGUAAAACUUGUGUUCAGAUGGGUGCUCAGGAUAUGAACACAAAUCAAAGAUGUCCGAGUUAUAAACAAGCAAUCAUUUGGUUUAAUGAAUGCGAUUUAUUGAAGAAUUUAGUAACUGAAGCUUUGUCUAAUGGUAAUUUUGCUACUGGAGAUAAAAAUCAUACAGAUUCUACCAAAUAUAGCUGUUCCAUCAGCUAUUGUGGUACUUGCUGCCAUUGCCAUCUUGUUUUUCUGUUUCUGGAGAAAGAAAAAAAAAAGGCAAAGAAGUUUGUUUAUGUCAAUGAUGAGGUUCUAACUACAGAAUCCCUGCAAUUCAACUUCGGUACAGUAAGUACUGCAACAGAUAAUUUCUCUGAAGAUAAUAAACUCGGAGAAGGUGGGUUUGGCUCUGUUUAUAAGGGUACACUUCCAGACAGCCAAGAAAUCGCCGUGAAGAGGCUAUCAAAAAAUUCUGGACAAGGUGAACAAGAGUUCAAGAACGAAGUUACAUUAGUAGCUAAACUUCAACACAGAAAUCUUGUGAAGCUUGUUGGUUUUAGCCUAUCUGGUGAAGAAAAACUACUCAUCUAUGAAUACAUGCCAAAUGGAAGCCUUGACCAAAUCCUAUUCGAUUCAGAUAAAUGUACACAACUGGAUUGGGAAAGACGAUACAGGAUAAUUGGUGGUAUCGCAAAAGGACUUCUCUAUCUUCAUGAGGAGUCCCGACUAAAAAUCAUCCAUCGGGAUCUCAAAGCUAGCAAUAUACUGUUAGAUAAGGACAUGAAUCCUAAAAUUGCAGAUUUUGGCAUGGCUAGGCUUUUUGUGCUUGAGCAAACUCAAGAUAGUACCAAAAGAAUAGUUGGAACGCACGGCUAUAUGGCUCCAGAGUAUAUGAUGCAUGGUGAAUUCUCUGUGAAAUCGGACGUUUUCAGUUUUGGUGUUUUAGUUUUAGAGAUACUUUGUGGACAGAGGAACGGCAGUUUUCAUAAAUCAGAUGUUGCUCGGGACCUUCUAAGCUAUGCAUGGAGACAUUGGAAUAAUGGAUCUGAUAUAGAAAUAUUAGAUCCAACUUUGAAGGAUGCAUGUUCUAGAAGUGAAGUGAUGAUAUGCAUCGAUGUGGCGUUACUAUGUGUUCAAGAAAAUGUUGAAGAUAGACCCUGUAUGCCUACAGUUGUCCAAAUGCUUAACAACUCAGUCAGUACCAGUCAUGAUUUACCUUCAACACCUGCAUUUUCGGCUGAUGGUACGAGACACAUAACACGCCGCCCGGACUUAAAUCUAGUCGGCAGUGCAGAGCAAGGAAGCUUGAGGAACGAGUCCAUAAGUGAAGUAUCGACAUUGAGCGUGAAUGAAAUUUCAGUAACUGAACUGUACGCUCGAUGACAAUACAAUCAUAUACAUAUUCAGAGUGCGUCUCUUUAUCGCUUCUAAGUUGACUGGCAUUCUUUCUUUCUUUGAAAUACAUGAUUUUUAAGCAAUGUUCAUUCAACAGUUCUAAUUCCCACAGUAAUAGUACUUAGAAAAUAUAUGCAAUUUACAGAGAAUUAGGCUUGUUUUCAAUCUCUAUUGAAUUUGUAACCUAUUUUUAAGCUGCAAGACGGCCAAA